GCAGAGCUGAGAGAGGGAUCUUAGAGAAGGUUAACACAGGACGGGACUGAAAUUACUAGGCAAAGACACAGACAAAAAAAAAAAAAAGCGCUCUCUGGUACAGAGUCUCAAGGAUCAACCUGACAAAGCAAUUUGAAGAAACUCAUUCGCUCAAGCAAAAACUAUAGGAACUCAGGAUGAGACUAUGAGACCCUGGAAACUGCGGAGGGAUCUAUAGGCUGAGAGGAGAUUUACUGGGUGUCCAAGCUCAAUAAGGAGCCAUCUCCCGGGGAGCGCACAAGGGAGGUUCCUAGACGGUUCAGGUGCUGAACUAGUGACCGGCUGGACUGAAGAGAUUUCCCCCCAGAUAGUUUGGGGUCACGAGAGGCUCCCUAGACUUUUCCCCAGGCCGGGACCCAGAGUCUGGGCGGGAUCAGCGCUAUGGCCACGGGAGGGGAGAGCAGCGGCGGCAGCCCUGGGGAGCCAGCCCCCUGGCUCAAGGACACGGUCCGGCCCGCCCUGCUCCUCGCCAGCGCCUUCUUCCUCUGCCUGUGGGCGAGGAGGCGCCUGAGGCCGCAGAGCGGGAGCCCGCCGGGUCCCUUCCCCUGGCCCCUGGUGGGGAACGUCCUGCAGCUGGGCCGCCUGCCCCACCUCACCUUCUGCAAGAUGGCCCAGCGGUACGGCGACGUCUUCCAGCUGCGGCUGGGUCGGCGGGCCGUGGUGGUGCUCAACGGUGAGGCCGUCAUCCGCCAAGCCCUGGUGCGGCAGGGCUGCCAGUUCGCCGGCCGGCCCGACUUCCCCUCCUUCCGCCUGGUGUCAGGCGGCCGGAGCAUUGCCUUCGGCCGCUACAGCGAGCAGUGGCGAGCCCACCGCCGCCUGGCCCACGCCAGCCUGCGGGCUUUCUCCACCGCCAGCGGCCGCAGCCGGCAGCUCUUCGAGCAGCACGUGGCGGCAGAAGCGCGGGAACUGAUCCGGGGCUUCCUGCGGCGGGGCGCCGGCGGCGCCUACUUCGACCCGUGCCCGCUGUUCACGGUGGCCAACGCCAACGUGAUCUGCGCCCUGUGCUUCGGCCAGCGCUACAGCCACGACGACGGCGAGUUCCGGGCGCUGCUGGGCCGCAACGACAAGUUCGGGCAGACGGUGGGCGCGGGCAGCCUGGUGGACGUGCUGCCCUGGCUCCAGGCCUUCCCCAACCCCGUGCGCCGCGUCUUCCGCGACUUCCAGGCGCUCAACCAGGAGCUGCACGACUUCGUUAGGGCCAAGGUCGCCCAGCACCGGGGCACCUACGACCCGCGGCUCACCCGGGACAUCAGCGACGCCGUCAUCGGUAAGAUCGAGCAGGGCGGCGGCGGGGCGCAGGAGGGGCUCAGCCGGGACUACGUGGAGGGCACCAUGACCGACAUCUUCGGGGCCGGCCAGGACACCACCUCCACCGCCCUGUGCUGGGUCCUGCUGCUGCUGCUCAAACACCCGCACCUCCAGCGCCAGCUGCAGGCUGACCUGGACCGCGUGGUGGGGCGGGACCGGCUGCCCACGGCCGAGGACCGCGGCUGCCUGCCCUACCUGGAAGCCUUCAUCUACGAGACGCUCCGCUUCAGCAGCUUCGUGCCAGUUACCAUCCCGCACGCCACCACCGCCGACGUGGUACUCCAGGGCUUCCGCAUCCCCAAGGACACGGUGGUCUUCGUCAACCAGUGGUCGGUCAAUCACGACCGGCACAAGUGGAAGGACCCCCACCUCUUCAACCCGGCCAGGUUUCUGGACGGAGAGCAGAAGCUGGACAAGGACCUGACCUGCAGCGUCAUGAUCUUCUCCAUCGGCAAGAGAAGGUGCAUCGGCGACCAGCUCUCCAAGCUGCAGAUCUUCCUCUUCACCGCCAUCCUCCUGCACCAGUGCACCUUCGAGGCCAACGCGGCCGAGCGGCUCACCAUGGACUGCAUCCACGGGCUGGCCCUCAAACCUCUGCCCUUCACCGUCUCGGUGAAAAUGAGAGACACCCCUCAGAGCUGCCGGGCUGGGGAUGCCCAGUGAAGAACCACCCUACUCCGAGCCCUCUGGGAGCACCCUGCUUGCUGCGCUGGGCAUGCCAGCUCGCCCUGCCUACACUCAAGAGCAGAUCUCUCCCAAUGGGAACGCUCUCUGUAUAGCUUUAGGUAAGAUCAUUGCUUGUAUGAGGGGUUUUCUCCCCCGCGCAGUUACUCCCUUUCCCAGGAAAGUCAGAAGCCCUUCGCGGUGAAUUUUUGUUACCAUUUUUGAAAGCCUCCAGCCGGUAAGGAGGGAACAGAAAGCCCCCUUCUGCCCGCUGCUCCCCACCAGCCUUCUUGCUCAGUUCUGUCUGCUCCGUGUUAGGUCAUCUCUGACUCCGAUGCAGUUUCAUUCCAUUUCCGAUUGGUAGUGACAGCAUGUGAAGCCAGAGGCGAUCUUAACAUAGCUCCUACUGCCAAGUGAGCUGUAGUUACCUUGAUGCUGCCUUUUUGCAGGUCCGGAGUCUCAGCGAUUUUCGCUUUCUAGAGAUCAGACGUUUCCGAUCUCUGGCUGCACAGGGGAAGUCCUUCAACCUGGCUUCUGUAUGUGGCAGAGGUUUGAGCAGCAAGCUUAGCCUGAAGGCAAGAAGGAUUGAGAAAAGAAGCGCUGUCUCUGCUAACUUCCCUGAAUUAUUGUUGACAUAAAAGGGUCGGCGUAUUCGCACUGCCCCUUAUUAAAACUUCAGAGCCUUACAACAGCUCAUAGCAAGAAGUGAAGGGAUCUAGAUUAAUAAUGAUUUAUUCCACGUAAAGCAGACCAUGGGAGUGUAAACCACCUGUUAAAUGUACACUAACCCCGCUAGAACUGCAUAAACAAACCUACUAGCAGGCAGUCGGGUACUCACCUGCCCUAAUUAUUUGCAUUCCGAUGCAGACAAUGAGGUAUAAUUUUCCCCUCCCCGGAGUCUAAAUUUAAUUCGACCGGGUAUUAAAUGGUUAAUACGAUUUACCGGGAGCCUUGCAAGAAGUUGUGUUCAGGAGUUGACACUGUGACAUUAACUUUGGCACGAGAUCAGCAUCUCCAUUAUGCAUAUAAACAGCCCAAGCACAAGCUUGGGUUGCCUUCAGAUUGCAGCCUCUCCGUACAAAGAGUGUCUUGAUUGUUUCCUGCGGGGCGGACAAAGUAAAUUUGGCAGAGCCUGUCGGGGUUUUAAACGCUUCACUAACGAAUGCAAGGAGGUGAAAGUCAUCCUUGUUGAACGCCACAGCAGACUGCCAGGUUUUGCCUUCCGCUGAGUCAAUCCUUGGGGAACAAGUGUGUGUCUAGCUUGUCCUGAGUUACUCUCUGAGCAGGAGGAGAAUUCAAGCUGAGUAGCACUUCCUUCCCGGCAGCUUUCGCCUCUGCCUGGCAAACCCAGAGCUUGGAGAGCCUUUAGCUUAUCUAGAUAGCGCUGCAUACUCGCUGAUAUUUUCCACUCUCUCUCCCACUACGAUUAAGCUUUGGACACAAAUACAUUUGUCUAUGGUGCUUCUCUGAGUUAUUCUUUUGUAAUAUGAAUGAUUUCCAUUUUAAUUCAUGGAAUAACAAAAUGUGACUGUCCCUUCUCAAUAAAAUAUCUUUGGCACAAAUG